CCGCACACGCUCGUCACGUCGGCCUUCAGCCACAGCGACGGCUGGCACCUCCUGGGCAACAUGGUCACGCUCUUCUUCUUCGGCCCGGAGGUCGUCGGCGCCAUCGGCGCGCGCCACUUCCUCGCGGUCUACUUCGGCGCCGGUCUCACGGCCAACUGCGCGCAACUCGCCGCGAACGCGCUGGAGGACUCGAGGCGCCACGCCUACUGGAAGCGGCCGUCGCCGCGGUGCCUCGGCGCGUCGGGCGCCGUCAACGCGGCCGUCGCCCACAGCAUCCUCCUGUCGCCCUGGCGCCUCAUCGUCAUCUUCGCGGAGUUCCUUCCGAUCCCGAUG